AUGAAGUCAAGGCGGUCAGAGCUAGUCCCAAAUCUAAAGCUUUCUGCCACCCAUUUUUGGCAAUGGCUAAAGCUAGCACUAGACGAAGUGAAGCAAGCCUGUUCUAGUGAAAUCAAAUCCACUAGCCCUGGCCCGGACUAUAUUACCCAGACUAUUAUUACCUAUACAUAUUUAGCAUGCCCUUCCCAGAUUUCACUCCUUUUUAAGACGCUAAACAACAAGCCAGACUAUAAACAGCCUAGCGCAUAUCAGCCGAUUUCACUUCUAAAUUGCCUAGGUAAAGUGAGUGAAAGGAUCCUAGCUAAGCGACUAGCUUACUUAGCUGAAACUACACCAAAUCUACUACAUCCUAGCUAA